CUCGAUUUACACAUUUACUCUGCCUUCCUUUCGCGACAUUUCAACACUUCAAAACUUCAAUCCUCAGUCUUCGUCUUCCAUCCGAUCGAAACUCACAAUAUCUAGAUGGACCUCGUAGAUCGGCCUGCAAAUCGUCCAGAGCUCUGCUCACAUUCCGCUCGAGCAGUGUCAUUCAAGUGCAAGAAAACCACCCCGAAAGCCCUACGCUGGCCUCAUCCUGAUUCAUUCAGUCUUACCCCUGAAAUCCUCGCUUCAGCUGGAUACUUUCACGAUCCUGUUGAAUCGGAGCCAGAUAGGACGACUUGUUGGAUGUGUGGCGAGGCAACCAAAGAUUGGGUCGCAAGCGAUGAUCCAUGGUUGGUCCAUCUCGAAUGGGCUCCAAAUUGUCCCUUCGCACGGAUCGCAAUUCUAGACCGUCAGCGUGACACACAAGUACCUGCGUGGCCUGAUCUUAUUCAUCAACCUUGGGGUCCGACUGCCUCAUGGUUUCCUAGAGGACAGACGAUGAUCGAAGCUCGGUUAGCCACGUUUUGCGGAAAGGCUGGUCAAUGGAGGCACGAAGGUCUUGAAGGCCUACCUACGAGAAUCGAUUUGGCCCGCGCCGGCUUUCAUUUUGCGCCGAAUUCAUUCAAGAAAGGCCGUAAACUUGAGAUAGAUGAUACCACGUCAUGUUGCUAUUGUCGCCGAACCGUGUCAGAUUGGGAAGCGGGCGAUGAUCCCGUCUCUAUUCACCUUAAAAAGGGACCAUGUAUCUUCUUUACUGCUAUACCACCCCCAGAGACCAAGGCCAAGCCUGAAUCAAGUAGAAAAGCUUCUAACAGCACGGCUAAAAAGACUCCCGCCACAAGAAAACCCGCUAGUAGUGUUCAGGAUGACGCGAUUCCUGAAUCGACUGCUGCCCCCCUCGAUCUCCGGAGCUCGCGCGGUGUCUCGAAGAAAGGCACUUCCGUGACCAGCGCGUCUGGGAAAUCAUCACGCCCUGCUAGAAAAGGAAUCGCUUCCUCCACUGUCACUAGCCCAACCCGAGAUCAAUCGCCUGCUGGUGCUCGUGAAUCCAGCCCUCCUAUCCCAGCCCCAUCUCGUCAAAAACAUCCCCGCGCUGCCCAUAAAACAUCUGUGUCCGCUAGUCACAUUCUAUCAUCACCUGAUCCGAUAGAAAUUUCGUUGAAGCCUCCAGUAUCUUUGUCGCAAACUAAUAAGCUUUCUCGAUCAACCUCCAGACCACCAUCUACUGCUCCCAACACACGCGGUCCCGUGAAUCACACUAGCGCACCUGCGUCACGAACACGCACCAGGGCGACUUCCAACUCAUCAGGUAUCAACGAGAACCAAACCAGUGUUGUGAAAAUUGCUACAAAUUUGGUGAAUGUGCUCCCUGAAGUUGAUGAGGAUCAAAACACAGAGUCUUCGCACACUCAACCAAAAAAUCGUAAGACCAAGCCUAAGCCCGUUGACGAUGUGCAGGACUUGGUGUCCAAGCCAGUCUCUGUCCCAGCAAAGGCUUCGAAGACUCGCAAAGCUGCCCCUAGCAAAACACAAGAAUCGAUUCCGUCUAAUCCAGAGCGGCAGAGCAAAAACCCUCUCUCAAACUCCCACGCAGCAGGCGAUCACUCAAAUUACGAGUCUCACCAUGGUCCCGGCCCAUCAUCCUCUGUGCAUAUCCAAUUGCAUCAGUCAACCAACGGCUACGAUCCUAAGGCUCCGCAACUGUAUACUGGGAUCCUGCCUGUUGCUCCCAAACCAACGCGUACACCAGCUCCUUCAGCAAAAAUCCCCAAGCAAAAUCCUACAACCAUCAGAUCGCCUCUACCCCUUUCACCCAAGCGCGACACAGCUCCAGUUCCAGGAGCUGUUGAUGAAGCUGAAGCCACAGCACUUUUGGAAGAAUACUUUAGCUCGUCUCAACCUGCGUCCAUACCACCAGGCUGGUUGGCCAACCUGUAUAACCCCUCAAGACCCUUCCCGCCAUUGACAGAACAAGAAGCUGCGAUGGGAUUAGAAGAGUAUUUUGCAUAUCGAGCUGAACAAGAAGAAGCCGAAUUUUUGGCAUGGGUUGAAGAGAAAAGGAUGAGGCCUUGGUUAAAACGUGUGGAAGAAGGAAGACAGAUGAUUGAGGAGCUGAUCAGGACUAGUGAGGAAGGAAAAAUCUAUGGAAAUAAGAAGAAGGAUAAAAAUGUGAAUGUGAAUAAGAAAAAGUUGAAUGGCAUCAAGUCAAAAGGCGUCGAAUCUUAA